AUCAGGAGGCAGUUCAACAAAGCACGGACACGUUGUCGUGGAUUCGCUCUAACAUUUGAAAUGAAUUAGACAGCCUUUCUUUCAAUUUUAAUAACACCACUUUAAAGAGGUCUUUGUAAUUUGCUGUCGCGCAGUAAACAUGAAACGUGAUGAAAAGUGCCAAAGGGACAUAAGUGCCUGGUAUAUUCAAAUAACAAAACGUAUUGGUCGUAAUAGCUAGUGCUCUGAAGGGAAAGAGCUGUUAUUUUCGCUUCUGCACUGAGGGUGUAAAUCAAGUAAUAUAUUAGCACAAUUGUGUGAUGCAACUUUGUAUACAAAGAACAGAGAUUUAAUAUUUACACAAUAUAAAUAUGAAGAUUAUCGAUAUUAUUGCGGCUCAAAAGGAUUGUGUGGAAAAUUGCAGUUAUUCUACAAAGACUACGUUAUCCAAGCCUUCUCUCGAGGAUAUUAUUUGUGAAUCAAACGAGAGCUGGUCUGAAGAUGAAAGUGAUUCGGACGAAAAUGAUGAACUUAAUUUAAGUUUUCGCGAGGGAAUGAAGCGGAGUGCAUCGGACGAAUUUUGUCACGAUUUGAAACGGAUUAAAUUUGACAAUAAUGUGCGAGAUUUGACGAACAAUUUAGUUUCGUUUCAACUUGAUUUAGUUCUCAAAGUGGACACAAAUGAAUCUGCAGAAGACAUAAGAAACAGUCAUGUUAGUGAACUUCCGGGUAGUUCCGAACGAGGCGUUAAAAGAGUUCAAGUGACUGAUGAGAACAGCUGAGCUACAGUGAUAUACUUAGUAUAACAGUACCAGUAAAUGAAUGAACGUUAACUCUCAAUGUUGGAGGAAGAAUCGCGUUUAAGGAGACUGCAAUGCCAAUAGAAUUAAAAAAGAACUAUGAAGAGAAAUGGCGAGCACACAAAGGACAAAUGCAAGGAAUGAACUGCAUGUAACAUAUAAGUAAUUCUUGUUGUACAGUUCGUUCGGUAUAAUUUAUUAUUUGUCCUAUAGCAUAGUCCAUGCAAUUCAUCAAUUAAAGUGGUGUUGAUACAAAAUAGAAUUGGACGAUAAACCAACAAUCUUCUUAGUUUAUUUGAAAGUAAAUGCCGGUCUACAAUUCUCAAAUACCACAGGCCACAGCUGAAACAUUAGGGACUUCGAGAAGAAAACGUUGAUUUGCAUGGUCCAUAAGAAUUAAAGAAUUAGAGUGUAUAAUGCUCAGUAAAAACUUUAGCUUGAGUAAAAUAAUUCACCCACAAUAACUCAAAAUAUCAUCAGUAUAAUUUCUGAACAAAUUACUCAUUUUUUUAGCGAAGUAAGUCUUUACUCAAAACAUUGCCGAAUAGCUACAUGUGAAACUUUUACACUCAAAAAAGUGUCAAUGAGUAAAUUUGCUCAUCAAUUUACGGAAUUGACUCAUUUCGAGUCAUUGUGGGUGCAUUAUUUCACAUAGGUCUCGGACUCAAAAGACACAAGGAUUUCUUGCAGUGUACUUCCCUUCCUUGCAUUGUGAUGUUCCGUAUUAUAUGCGAUAAUCAAACUCCUGAUCUAUAGGCAGGCAGCAAGUUGCCAGUAUAUACUCCGAUAUACUAAAAGGCAAGCCAGGGAGCGGAGUCACGACUAUGCUUCCUGGCUUGCAUGCAGUUUACGUCAUAAAAUUCUCUUUGCAAGAUUUUUGUUUGGAUUAAUUUUUAAUAUUAUCAAUCAUUUGAUCCAGUUUGCGGCCGG